UCCGAACGAAUAGUCACUCAUCUUAUCCCUAAACAUGCAGCUUUCUGUACUCCUAAGCGCACUUAUAUCAUCUUUCAUUAUUCUUGCUGCAGCGUCACCCAUGCCUGGAGCCAUCUCGAAACGUUCUUUUGAGCGACGGGAGCUUGACACGAACUUUGGACGUGAUCUCCUAGAAGAGGACAAGAAGCGCGAGGAGCUGAAGACUGACUUCAUCAUAUAUGCUUGGUAUGACGGCCCAGGCACUGGAGGUAGGUAUAGCGUAUUUGUCAUUUAUUCAUUUACGCAUUGUAUCUUUGCACCAGACAAGAAGCGCAAGGAACUCGGGUCGGGUAUUGAGUACGACGGGCACGACUAGGAUAAUAAACAGCGUAGCAAAAAGAAUCUCUCCUGUGUAGUAGAGAAUUCGAAGCUUUGAAACGAAGUGCAUCGAUAGCCAUCUAGAUCGUACAACAUACAUGUAUUGAUACCAAGCCAAUCAACAACCUUUUAACAUCCAAAUCCAGACACAAAUCCACCUAGGCAGUUUCAAAAUA